UUGACCAAUCGGCAACUGCCUUCACACCCCAGUGCUUUCCCAAAAGGCCCUUUGCCUUCUCCCCAAGAUGGCGGAUCUGAACCGGCAAUUGCAGGAGUAUUUAGCUCAAUCCAAGGCGGGCGGCAGCUCGGCUGCCCCGUCGGCGCCUCAGAACCCGCCGCGAGAUGAGGCGGAGAAGCCCGGCUCGGGGUUGGGGACUUGGCUUGGCCGGAUCAAUCCUUUCCCCGCGACGGAGACGUGGCCGUGGGCAGCCGAGCCGGAGCCGGAUCCUUGGCUGCCGACGGGUCUGUCCCGCUGGCAGCGGCUGGUGGGGAGCGCGCUGUGCCUGCUGCUGGCCGCGCUCUGCUUCGGCCUCGCCGCUCUCUACGGGUCGCUCCUGUUGCUCCGCAAGUUCGCGUUGCUCUGGUCGCUGGGCUCCACCUUCGCGUUGGGCGCCGCGGGCUUCUUACGGGGUCCGAGCCGCCUCCUGGGCGAGCCGGACCGCCGCGGCCUGGCCCUCCUUUACUUAGCCUCGGUGGGCGGCACUCUGUAUGCGGCGCUUGGGCUCCGCAGCACCCUGCUCACCACACUGGGGGCCGUUGUCCAGCUGGGAGCCGGCGGAGUCUACUUGCUGUCUUCGGUACCUGGCGGGACUACCGGGCUGCGCUAUGUCGGCGGGUUCUUGGGCGGCGCCGUGCGACGCAGCGUGUCCAAAACUCUGCCCGUGUGAGGACGGUCGUCGAGGCGAAGCCGUUAAUGGACGUGGGAAAACCAGAUCGAUCUCUGUGGUAAACAGCCCCGUGCUCGUCUCCAAACCAGCGCGCAGCACGGGACGUCGUCUCCAGGCCAGACGCGACUGCCCAUGGGGCAUUUUGUAGGAUAAAGUUUCUUUACUGUUUAUCUUUUCGACUCGAGGGCAGAAAGAGUACUUGAGGACACUGCAUCCUUCGCACAAGGCAGUUGAAAAGGAUGGUUGAAGUUAAUUGCAACAAAAAGUGUAUGAACUUGGCUGAAGAAGCUACUCUAGCAAUUGAACCAAUUAAGGGCUUUAACAGUGGUACUGGUUAAAGGUCUUUUUGUGUCUCCCCUUGCUCUCUGAAACCACUCAUAUGCCCUCUCAGUGGCAGGUGAUGAGAUUUUUUUUUUACAGGCAGACCCAGCCUAGUGUACAAGUAUGUGUUGGCAGAUUCCCUGAGGGUGAACAUUGAUGCCAGAUCCAUUUCUUUGUCUUAGAACCCAACUUUUAUGAAAGUGUUUUCAAUUAUGUCACUUCUAUUUUGAAGGAGAAGCAGCCAAUCUGUUCUCAUCUCUGCAUUGCGCUGCUUAAAGAGAUAGUUCAUUUCUUCUGGAAUGAUCUGUCACAAGUAGUGGCAAGCAUCAUUUGCCUGUCUCUUGCUGCUGAGAGUGGCUGAAAGACUAUAUGAUAGUAGCAAGAAUUACACUCCCACUUGCUAUUAACUAUGUUGGGCUUAGUCCCCAUCUCUGCACCACCCAGAGGAAGAGCACAAGUGAGUGAAGAUGAGAUGGCUACUCUGGUGUGUAUGUGUUUGAGAAGGUUUACUGACUGAAUGAUUCCUCAUCCUUUCCAGCCUCUGAUGCAUGGUGGGGGGAAAGAGAAGUUGCUAUUUACUAUUUCCCUGCUCUAAAAGUGUGCUUUCGGUAACAAGUAGUUGAACCGUAUACUCUUAAAAUGAGAUGGUCCAAAUCAUCAGUUUGUCUCUUCAGCUUUUCAGAGCCAGAGCAGGAAAUAAAUUUGGAAGCUCUUGUGAUUUGCUUCCAUUCAGUUCCCUAGCAUCAUAACAUUCCCAAUUGCCAAUUGCCAUGUAACCUCUUGCCUUACUAAAAGUCAGCAGUAUCAGUAUAUACAGUACUUUGUUUAUCCAUAACAAGAAUAUCAAGUUCUUUCUUGGGCUGACUUCCAGCAUACUUCCUAUUCAAGCAAUUCUAUGUCUGAUCUAUGGCAUGACCAUGAGACUGCUGAAGUUCACGUCAGUGAUUUUAAAGACAAGUAUAAUAUAGACAUGGGGGCUAAUUCUGCCAUAAUGGGUUAUGUUCUCGUCGUGACUUUGGGAAAUCACAAUAUAUGUGAAAAAGCUGUGCCUGAAUAUAUUAUCCUCAACUUAUUUGGAUCAUGGGGCUAUCUGUCAUAUACGAUUCUGUCAUAACUUAUUCCAUAUUUGCAUUGAAGAUUUUUGUAAGCCCAUAGAUUGAAUCUGAACAGCACAGGCUCCUAGUUCUUGCUACAGCUUAGAAGUAUUGAUGUGUGUGGUGUGAUGGAUGGGUAUCACAUAGGCAUAUAUCAAUAUGCACUACCAAAAUCACCUGAGUAAAGUUCAUUUUGCUCCACAAAUGUAAUCUGUAAACCACUUAAGCCUACAGCAGCUGCAAGCACUACACUUUGGCAGUGUAAGUUGCAUAUAAUGUAAUUUUUAAAUCUAACAAACGGAGCUGCCUCUUAAUUGUGGCUCUUAGUGUUAUUUGAAGUCAUUAAAGUAAGCCUUGCAAAAUGGCUUAGUUUGCAGCCAAAUGUUAAAGUAUUAGUUUUUCAAAGCCUGUAGCUCUCAAUAAAACAUUUUUGACAACAAUAAAAAAUGAUAUGCAAAUAACUACCAGUUCAAAAGUAUGUUCCUGAAAAGGUUUCUUUCUGUAGUGGGAAUGUUCACUAUCGGCAAACACAAAUGCUGCAUCAGUGUGGGACAUGAAGUGUAAAACUUGAAAGUAGUUUAGUAGCUAGUAUGUCUGAAUAAAGACUACUUGAUGUACAGCCCAAUCUUAUGCAUGUUUACUAGAAGCAAGUCCUAGUGAGACUUUUUUAAAAAAAUUAAUGCAUAGGAUUAUGACUUUAGGUUGUGAUCUGCUAUUAAGAUGGCCUAUUUGUUUACAUUUUCAGACUUGUGGUUUGUGGGUCCUGCAUUGUAAUGAAAUCAGGCUAUGGCAGAUAGUUCUGAAUCAAAAUGGUGCUAAGUGUUGUUAAACUGUGUGAUAAAAAUAUUCUGAAAUCUUUUAAUUGGGACUUUAAAAAGUAUUCUUAAUUAGCAUGACACAUUGUAGAACACAUUUAACAGUGCAAUCCUAUGUUUACUCAGAAGGAAGUCCCACGGAGUUAAAAGGGACUUACACCCAGCUACAUAGCCUAACAGGCAAGCUAACCCUGCCCUGCUUUCAAUAGAGCAGAGGGGGCUUUAUCUUAUACUCUGCUGCUUUUGCUUGCCAGGGUGGAAGGGAAAUUUCUUUCUUAUAUUUUUGCUGUGCCAACUCCAGGCUAGCAUAGCCGAGAAGCCUAAGGAUCAAGCCCCUCAGAGGAAGCACUGGAUCCAGAGCCCUGGCAUCCUGACCCAUUUCACGUCUUAUUGCUGGCUUUCCACCCAUCAAAGGUGGAGCGUGCACUAUAGUAGAGCCCCCACCCUGUAAACCAGUAGCACAUCUAUUUGCCGUCAGGGAGUAACAAGCAUAGUAUUCUAUCCUCCCACAAGCCACCAACAUUGGGAGGGUGCAUUAGGAUUGGGCUGUGAUUGGUUUUUGUAUUAGUGUACAUUUUUGUAUUCUUGUAGAUACAUAGUUGUUCAGUCCCUUGUCAUUUGAAAGAAAUGGUUAGAUUCAGUUUUUUGCAAACUUAUUUUGAAGUCUUUGGGGUCUCAAUAGGAGUGUUUACAGAACUAGCUGAUAGCACUUUCAGAAGUGAAACUGAUUUGAAUGACUUAUUAAAAAAACCUCAGAUCUAAAUAGGGGCUGAAAACAAUAUUUUACUGGUGGUGUUUUUUUUAGAUGGUUGGUUAUAACUGUGCUUAAGAUUGCUAUGUAUAUUUCCGAUUUAACUGUGGUUGAGGUGGAAGGAACCUAAGGAGCAGGCAUUCCCAGAGCUAGCUGGAACCAGUUUUGUCUGUGCACUGACCACUCUAAAAGGUUUUCAAAUAUUUUAAUAUUGUCAGAUCAUCUCUUGAGAAAUGCACCAGUAUAACGUAGAGACUGCAAAGCUUCUCUGUAGAAUGUCUAUAAAGACUUAACAAAACUUAAAGGCACAAAAUAAACUUCACUAGAAUGCUGUUUUCUAGUUCUUUUCUUGUGCAGUUGGGUAGGCUUCACUAUUGAAACAAACUGUCUACCAAAGAGAAAUGGAGAAACAUGUACAGUAUGUCAUAGCUGCCAAGUUAUCCCUUUUUUUUAAGGGAAAUUCCAUUAUGCUGAAUAGGCUUCCUCGCAAGAAAAGGGAAAACUUGGCAGCUAUGCAGUAUGUGCUUUACGUUCACUUGCUUUGCAGAUAUGUGUAAUGUGUCAUUUUUGUUAAUAAAAUUGAAUAAUUAAAGCCUAGGCCAAGAAGUUUUGAUUCCUUGUGACAGAAGUCUUAAGGCUCAGUGAUUUUUUUUUGUUCCAUGGUUGGUAUGCAGUAUAAAGUACUCCUUAGUGGUUUUAAGCUUGUCCAGACCCAAGACCCACUUUCACUUUUGAUUUAUACUUAAUGAUGCUAAUAAUAUACAUUAAAGGUAAAGGGACCCCUGACCAUUAGGUCCAGUCGUGACAGACUUUGGGGUUGUGGCACUCAUCUCAAGUUAUUGGCCAAGGGAGCCGGCGUACAGCUUCCAGGUCAUGUGGCCAGCAUGACAAAGCCGCUUCUGGCAAACCAGAGCAGCACAUGGAAAUGCCAUUUACCUUCCCGGUUGGAGCGGUACCUAUUUAGCUACUUGCACUUUGACAUGCUUUCGAACUGCUAGGUUGGCAGGAGCUGGGACCGAGCAACGGGAGCUCACCCCGUCGCAGGAAUUCGAACCGCCGACCUUCUGAUCAGCAAGCCCUAGGCUCUGUGGUUUAACCCACAGCGACACCUGCGUCCCUCAAUAAUGUACAUUAAUGAUUCUAAAAUAAUAAUUUAGAGCAAUAUACAUAGUUUACUUAUUUAGUAAUAAUAAAACACUAAUGACUUAGCAAAUAUAGACACUGCAUACUUUUACACAAAUUUUGGGGAAAAUAGGCACUGAUUGUUCAAAUAAUGUCCUUUGUGAUAGUAAAUUUUGCUUCUCUUUGAUAUCCCUCAAGAUCAGUAUAACACUAGUAAGUUGUCAAGAUUCUGACAACUGGAUGCUUUUGUAUCCAGAGACAAGAAUGCAGUCUAUGCAUCAGUUUAUACUACAUGGAAGAUACUGUGUGGGGAAUGAUAGAGGGAAGAUGUGAAAAUAUGUAUAUAAAAAAAAUCACAAACUCCAUUUGUUAAUUUUUGGACAAAUUGCAUUCUGUAUUCAUACAAAAACAACUCAACUUUUUCCUGACAACUGUACAUAUAGAAACAAGUUCUUCUGGACAUGAACUGAAAUCUGUGGAGGUGCUCCAUGUCUCACAACACUAAAAAACAUCCAGCUUU